CAUUUGGCGUGUGUCGCUAUCCAUAUUUUCCUCGUGGCCUUUAUCGUUCGAAGGUGACUCAGUCGGAGGGGCGCGCUGCAGUUGUUCACACGCCAUUGCCUCUUCACAUUUCUGCAACGAACCCCGAGUCUGCAUGCACAAGGUGUUGGACCAGUCUCGAAAGAGCCCGGACGUAUCGAAAUUCAAAGACCAUCAGCAUUCCAGUUCGAUUAGUCGGCUAAAGCCUUUUGCUAGUGAUACCGGCUUGAGGAGGUUUCGUUCCUCAAUCUCAGAAAAGAGGCGAUUUCAAAUGGGUCAUCCUCAAAUUGCUAGCGGGGGCCCCCGAGGUCCGAGCGACAGCAUGAAACGCGGAAAGUUCUUCAGGGGAAAAGUGAAUGGAGUUACCAAACAAGACGCGGCAGAUAAGAAAGUCAGGAACAAGACAGCCAAGGCAAAGGCGCGAGAUCUAAGACGACUCUUGCAGAAGAAGCGAGAGGAACUGCCGCCGGAAGUCGUGAGCCGUCUAGAAGAGGAGAUCACCUCCCUCGACAGUGUCGCCCUUCACCAAAAGAAAAAUGAGAAACGCAAGCGCUUCCUGGUGAAGCGAAAACAGCUGUAUGACAAAAUCAAGUUCUACGAGGGCCAGAAAGUUCGGAGAAAGAUCAAGGCAGAACGUCGCGCUUUGUCAGAGCUUUUGCGUCGUCGCCGAGAUGCAACAAAUGCAGAGGUGGAUGCAUGCACGCUGGAUGCGUCUAUAGAAGAACAUCAAAGCAACCUGCGAAAGCAUCUUGAUGAUCUUAACUACAUUCUGCGAUAUCCUGCAGACGAGCCCUACGUUGCUCUGUUCCCUUCUGGAGGUCCAGGAUCAGAAGAAACGGAAAAGAAACGAGAAGAAAUGAGGGUGAAAAUCAGACAACAGAUUCUUCAGGAGCGCAUCGAGGAUGAGAACGAGGACAAUGCUGAAAGAGAGGAGGAAGACGCCUUUCUUGUGGCGGAACAGCCGAGCGGUCCUCAACACCGGACUUCAGUUAUGUUCGACUCCGAUGGAUCAGUUGUGGCGGAAGACGAGGAAGAAAAGAAUUUGGAAGACGUUUUUGCGGAGGCUCCAGACUGGGUCGAAAGCCCGGACGACGGCACAGCGGGUCGAGGCGGGCGGCGCACUCGGGGGUCAUCCCGAGGAGGUUUUUCCGACAGAAAACGAAGUUCUCAUGAACAUCAACACGGGGUCCGCGAAGCAGGAUCCCACGGGAGAGGCGGUGCACAUACAGACAGCAGAGGGAGACAGAAGACGUCUUCUCAUCGAGGACAGAAGCACAGUGCUACCCUGGACGGGGGACGAGGCAGUACCGGCACACGCUCAGGCAGCAGAGGGAGAGCGGGGGUGCCGGGUUCGCUAGAGAAACGGGAGGAAUCAAAGGAGAUUCGAGAGCGGAAGGGCGGCAAUUCCAGUCAAGGAACGGACAAGAAACAGACACAAUCGCUCAAGGAAGGGAGAGAAAGACGCGAAGGCGAAGGGAAACGACCGGCGAAACAAAUUGAACAAAUUGGUCUCUCCAAAAGAUUUGCUGGUGGUAAACAUACAGUAUUUGAGUCUGACUCUGAUUAGCUCGUGGACGCCAGGAGUCAGUGUCAAACUUGUUGGAAGUUUGCUUGAGAAGAAGAAACUAUUUUUCAAUGCAGCUGCAUGACUGUGGCGCGUAUGCGAGUGCUGGUAAAAUACAUUCGUUAAAAACAUGCAGAACGGUCAACGGGUUAACCGCU